CAUAUUUUUUUCCUUCUUCUUCCUCCAAACAAAGAGAUCAGAACAAACCCAUUUUUCCAUCUUCUUCUCAUCACAGCACCAGCAACAUUGAACAAAGAUGUAGUUCACAUUGAACAACACCAACUACCCCAAACAAUGUUAACUCAUUGUUCUGCACUUUCUCAAUCACCACCACCACCACCACCACUACCACCUUCCAUAUCCAAAUUCAUCUCUAACCACCCAUGUCUCACCAUGCUCCAAAAUCACUGCACAACCAUCAAACACUUCCACCAAAUUUACCCUCACAUCAUCAAAACUGGUUCCACACGCGUCCUCACUUUCUGUGCCUCACUAUCUGAACAACAUUAACUAUGCUUACAAACUGUUCACCAGAAUGCCAAACCCAAAUCUUUAUUCUUGGAACACAAUUAUAAGAGCUUUUUCUACAACCUCAACUCCACAAUUUUCUAGAACCCUUCUAUUUUCAAAGCUUGUGCUAAAUGGGUGAUGCCCAUCAUAGAGUUCAGCUUCAUGGGUAUGCACAUGGAGAAAAUGGAGAUGUAGCUUGUGAUGGGUACCACAAAUAUAAGGAAGAUGUGCAGCUCAUGGUGGAAACAGGCCUUGAUGCUUACAGAUUUUCCAUUUCCUGGUCGAGAUUGAUACCAAAUGGCAGAGGACCUAUCAAUCCCAAAGGAUUAGAUUACUACAACAAUCUCAUCAAUGAGCUUAUCAGCAAUGGAAUCCAACCACAUGUCACACUGCAUAACUUUGAUCUUCCACAAGCGCUUGAAGAUGAAUAUGAAGGAUGGCUUAGUCGUGAUGUGGUAAGAGACUUCACAGAAUAUGCGGAUGUGUGUUUUAGAGAAUUUGGUGAUAGAGUGUUCUAUUGGACAACUGUGAAUGAACCCAAUGUAUUUGCAUUAGGUGGUUAUGAUCAGGGAAAUGCCCCACCACAACGAUGUUCUCCUCCAUUUUGUGCUAUAACAAACAACACUAGAGGCAACUCUACAUUUGAGUCCUACUUGGCCGUGCAUCAUAUAUUGUUAGCUCAUUCUUCUGCUGUCAGAUUAUACAGGACAAAGUAUAGGGACCAACAACACGGAUUUGUUGGUAUAUCUGUCUAUACAUUUGGAAUUAUACCCCAAACAAAUAAAGAAGAAGACGUGGUAGCAACUCAAAGAGCCCGUGAUUUUUUUGUUGGUUGGAUUAUGGAACCAUUGAUCUAUGGAGACUAUCCAAUCUCCAUGAAGAAAAAUGUUGGUGCAAGAAUUCCAACUUUCACAAACUGGGAAUCUAAACAAGUUAAAGGUUCAUAUGACUUUAUUGGCGUAAUUCACUACAUGAAUAUUAAUGUCUCGGACAAUUAUGGCGCUCUCAACAUCAAACUCAGAGACUUCCAUGCAGACAUGGCUGUAAAUUUGAUCUAUAAUCAAGAUCUGUUUUCAAAUACAGAGUACUCUGUCACACCAUGGGGUUUACAACUAGAACUCAAUAAAUUCAAGCUUCUUUAUGGCAAUCCUCCUAUAUUCAUUCUUGAAAAUGGUCAACGGACAGCUAGCAAUUCGUCACUCCUAGACUUUUCAAGGGUGAAAUACUUUCAUGGAUAUAUUGGUGCAGUGCUUGAUGCUUUGAGAAAUGGAUCAAAUGUAAAAGGAUAUUUUGCGUGGUCUUUUAUGGAUGUGUUUGAGUUGUUGGAUGGAUAUAGAGCAAGCUAUGGCUUAUAUUUUGUCGAUCACAAUGAUCCUGAGCUGAAGAGAUAUCCAAAGCUCUCUGCAAAAUGGUACAAAUGGUUUUUGAUGGGAAGAACAAGUAGUAUUGAACUUGUUGAGAAUGAGAAGGAUCCAUCACUUGUUUCUGAUCUUGGUCACUUGUUUGAGUAAGGGGGUUCCUAUUUCUACGGUGCUGCCACAUUCUCUUCAUUUUUGAUAAAAACACUUCAAUGUAUUAUAUAUAUUUUUAGAAACUUAGAAAUAGACUAAAAUAAUAUGGAUUUCAUAUUGUCUCAGUGAACUUAGUUCAGUCGACAACUCGACAUGGACAUCACAUUUUAUAGGAAUUGAGGUUUAAAGGUGUAAUGCCCUAGACUACUCGAGUAAAAAACAUGGAUUUGGUA